AUGGCUUAUACAGCAGUUGGCAUGGCUACAUCUCCAACAGCAUCUGUGACUAACGACAUUACGAAAGCGAAGAGCGGUCUUCGCAGGUCGCGAUCCAGCGUAGACAUGUGUAAACGUUCCAUUAUGCAUAGAUCUUAUUCUGAUAACUAUCUGUGUUGCUCAUUCAACCGUAUUCACGGUGCGUCAGUUCAACCGAAGCUUAAGGAUAACGGAUCAUUGGGAACUGGAACUUCGCCGUUUAAGUUUUCAGGUUCUGUUCUCCCGAGUUCGCUUCGUUCGUUGUUAUUUGACAAACAAAUUGGUAAGGAUAUGAAUAAAAGGGAGAAGGAUAUGGUAACUGAGGAAAACAUGGUGGAGACUUGCACAGAAGAGAGAGUUGAUAGAGCUAAUUGGAUAGGGAGGCUUCUGGAGAUUAAGAAACAUUGGAGAAACAGGUUGCCGAAAGAAAGCGUGGAUAUGGAUAUGAUGCGCGAUGAUAAUACAACGGGCGAGUUUGAGUGUGAUGAUGAUGACGGUUGUAUGGUUGAUUAUGAUGAUGAAGAAGAAGUGACGUAUGAUCGUGACUCGUUCUCGAAAUUUCUUGUUCAAGUGCCAUGGUUUGAUACCAAACUUUACUCGCAGCUAGCUUUUCUGUGUAACAUGGCUUAUGAAAUACCUCAAAUCAAGGCUCAGGAGUUGAGGAGACACUAUAGCCUUCAGUUUGUUACAUCUUCUUUAGAGAAGAAAGCUGCGGUGGCGAAACUAAAAGCGAAACUUAAUCAGGACUUACCGCGUGUUCCUAUUGAUGACUCGGUAGUCUCUGGAGACACCUUAGAGAAAGGAAAUGAUAACGAACAGAAGCCUCAAAUUCGGCUUGCUUAUGACAUUGCUGCGUCGGCCGCGUCCUAUGUCCAACUGCGAGCUAAGAAUCUCUUGACGCUUGCUGCUAAGUCGCAGCAAAGUGAUGAUAAAGAUCCGAAUAGAAGAGAGGAUUCUGCAGAACACGAAGAAAAAGAAGGCAUUUCGCGAGAUUAUAAAUCGGAGGUUGCAGCUUAUAUAACCGCGUCAACCGUGACUUCUGUGGUUGCAGCGGGAGAUAGGGAAAGGCACGAAGCAGCGAAGAAUCUUCAGUCGCUUCAUUCUUCACCUUGUGAAUGGUUUGUUUGUGACGAUUUCAGCAAUUACACAAGAUGCUUUGUAAUUCAGGGUUCAGACUCCUUAGCAUCUUGGCAAGCAAAUCUCUUCUUCGAGCCUACCAAAUUCGAGAACACAGAUGUACUUGUUCAUAGAGGAAUAUACGAAGCUGCAAAAGGAAUAUACGAGCAAUUCAUGCCGGAAAUAAUGGACCAUUUGAAAAGACACGGGGAUCGCGCAAAGCUUCAAUUCACCGGCCAUUCUCUCGGGGGAAGUCUCUCUCUUUUGGUUCAUUUGAUGCUAUUGUCUAGAAAAGUUGUCAGUCCCUCAACUCUUAAACCAGUAGUGACUUUUGGCUCGCCGUUUGUAUUCUGCGGAGGCCAAAAAUUAAUCGAUGAACUAGGCGUGGACGAGAGCCAGAUCCACUGUGUGAUGAUGCAUAGAGAUAUUGUUCCAAGGGCCUUCUCUUGUAACUAUCCUGAUCAUGUAGCUGUUGUCCUUAAGCGCUUAAACCGCAGUUUUCGAUCACAUCCGUGUCUAACGAAAAAUAAGCUAUUAUACUCACCACUGGGAAAAGUAUUCAUUCUCCAACCGGACGAGAAGACAUCGCCUCCGCAUCCAUUACUCCCUUCCGAAAGCGCGUUCUAUGAGCUCGAUAGUACUAUAUGCGGAUACUCUUCAAGAGUUCUCAGCACAUUUCUGAAUCAACCACACCCUAUUGAAACACUGAGUGAUCCAACAGCAUAUGGAUCAGAAGGCACAAUUCUAAGAGAUCAUGACUCAAGCAACUACCUUAAAGCUGUCAAUGGAAUCUUGAAACAAUAUUCGAAGGCGCGUGUCCGCAGAAUACGAAAGCAAAGGAUUGAUGAACUGUGGCCAUUGAUCACCUCACCAUCUCCACAUCUAUGGAGCCAUGAAAAGAACAACUUGAUGACAAAGGAAAUAACUUCAGGGGUCUAA